UGUUCGUGGCGUAACGCCUACAUUACUAACACAUAAAAUAAACAACAAACGAAAUAAAUCAGCGUGAACAAAAACUUUUCCAGCUGGUAGAAAAAAUUUAAGAGUGGAAAAGCGUUAAAUAAAUAGCUCAUUGUGUGAUUUUGUCCAACAAACAGCUGCAAUAUGCCGCCCAACGCAACCGCCGGUUCGCAGUCCAUUUCGGAGUCGCUGAUCGCCGCAGCCACUGCAGCGGCCGAAUCAGAACAGAAUCCUACUAAGCUGCAGGAGGACUCCACCGGAGUGCUCUUUGAAUGCGAUGCCGAAACUAUUGAUGGUGGAUUGGUCAAGGACAUUGUGGGAAUGAAGAAGGCUGAUAAGCGCAAAUUAAAAUUGGUUUGGCGCAAUAUCAUUGCCUUCGGCUAUUUGCAUUUGGCUGCCCUCUAUGGAGCCUGGCUGAUCUUCACCUCGGCUAAAUGGCAGACCAUUGCUCUUGCUUUUGCUCUUUAUGUUGUGUCCGGCUUGGGAAUUACCGCUGGGGCUCAUCGUCUUUGGGCGCAUCGUUCCUACAAAGCCAAAUGGCCGCUCCGUGUGCUGUUGGUCAUCUUUAACACGAUUGCAUUCCAGGAUGCCGCUUACCAUUGGGCUCGCGAUCAUCGUGUGCAUCACAAGUACUCGGAAACCGAUGCCGAUCCCCAUAAUGCUACCCGUGGUUUCUUUUUCUCCCACAUUGGCUGGCUCUUGUGCAAGAAGCAUCCGGAGGUGAAGGCUAAAGGCAAAGGUGUUGAUCUAUCUGAUCUGCGUACCGAUCGUGUCCUCAUGUUCCAGAAGAAAUACUACAUGCUGUUGAUGCCCAUCGCUUGCUUUAUCCUCCCCACAGCCAUUCCCAUGUACUACUGGGGCGAGAGUUUGGUAAAUGCCUGGUUUGUGGCCACCAUGUUCCGCUGGUGUUUCAUUUUGAAUGUGACCUGGUUAGUGAACAGCGCAGCGCAUAAAUUUGGCGGUCGUCCAUAUGAUAGAUUCAUCAAUCCUUCGGAGAACAUUUCUGUUGCUGUGCUCGCGUUCGGUGAGGGCUGGCACAACUAUCAUCAUGUCUUCCCCUGGGACUACAAGACUGCCGAAUUCGGCAGAUAUUCGCUAAAUCUGACCACUGGCUUCAUUGACUUCUUCGCCAAGAUCGGUUGGGCUUAUGAUCUAAAGAGCGUCUCGCCCGACAUUAUCAAGAAGCGUGUCAAGCGUACCGGUGAUGGCACACACGCCACUUGGGGCUGGGGCGACAAGGAUCAAUUGAAGGAGGAGAUCGAGGGUGCAGUGAUCACACACAAGAAGAGCGAAUAGAUGCAUUUUUUGUUGGCAGUGGGGGGCAGCGCGAAAUGCCCAAAUUAGCAGAAUUCGAAUCAAAGUAAAUUUCCAUAUUGAAUGCCCGCGAAAAUUUUCUAAGUAGAAGGCAAACCAUUAAAGUUAAUUUUAAGAAAAAAGAAAAUGUUAUUGAUAAAUGUUGUUUAUCGAAACACUACCGUCUGUGUUAAACUAGCUCUGGAAGUUUUGUCGCUCUAUUUCGUUUUGGAGACAUAAUUUUGAAUGCUGGCCCAUCCACGUGUGGGGCGCCAAGUACAGAGUAUAGAAGCGUCCUCACAUGGCCGACGGCCAUCGAACUAUCUUUAUAUUUACACUCUUAUACAUAUAUAAAAAAUAUAUAAAAAGUACGUUGUAA